CGAACCGAACGGUUGAUGUUGUUGUUUGUUAAGUAUUGUCGCGCGCGCGUUUUGAAUUCUAUAGACCACUGUGUGCUCUGUCUGUUUGACUGCCUUUACAAACGGUGGCAUUUCCUAAUUUUUCGACAGUUGCUACUACUGUUGUUGAUGUUGAUGUUUGCCUCGUGACAGAAUGUUGUCCGCCGCGGAGUUGUGUAGACAGUGGUGGGGUCGUAAAACCGCAUCAUAUCCGCACCGUUCUUAGCGAGUAGAAAAUGGAACGAAAUCAAAACAAACAUAAAGCAAGCCUGGUUUUGAUUUUGUUUUCGCGCGUGCAAGUGUUUCGACGGCUAUAGCAAAUAGUGCAGACAGAAAAAUAUGCUGAAAUUGGUGGCAAGUGUUAACGAGAAGUGAAGUUGCCGCUAUCGGCCGAGUUGAAAGUGAUGAGCUGCUGCCGUCUGCUCAGUAUUCAUGUGUUUGUUGACGCAAAUGCCGGCUCUUCUAUGCGAGGUUGUACAUUUUAAGAUAUCCCUAAUCGUUGUUUUUUCGACACACGAGGAAUAAAAAUCACGCGGAAAAUUAAUUGUCGUCGUGGGAAAAGCGCAAUUGAAACAAUAAAAAUGUUGCGAAAAAAUUCGGUGGCCAGAUAAUAGGGAAAAUGAAAAUUUCUAGAAUUUGAAAAUGCGUGUUGUCGGUGGAUUCGAAAUUGAAGUGAAAUCAAGCGUGUGAAAAAAUAGAAUAAGUUAUAUAUCUCUCUCUCUCUCGAAUUGAUUCAGUUGGAAAGUCGCGAAAAAGAAUGCUGUGCUGUGUUCUAGCAGAGUGUGUUACCCACGCAUUAUGUCAUUAUGUGUAGGUGAACUUGCAGUGGUUUAGUUUUUUAUGAGGUUUUCAGUGGAGCAUAUGUUAUAUUGAUAAAGAAAACACCACUGGUGCUAAUUAAUUGGAGCAACACUACUGCUGCGGGGAGAAAUAAACACCGAUUGAACGAAAUGGCGCUUGCAGUGAAUUCGACUAGAUCAAAGCCAGGAGGAUUAUCACCCUUCCAGGUGUCGCUGCUGCUGCUGCUGCUACUGCUGAUGGCAGGUGGAAUCCGCUGCUACAUGUUUCCGGAGCAGCUGGGAGCUGGGCUGAUGAGCGAGCAGUACGAGUAUGACUGCUUUCCGACUUAUAGAAACGAAAAUUUGCUACCACGCUUCGCAUCUCGCAACCAAAAUGACUCGAUUGCGAUCCAAGUCAGCAGACGAUACACCCACCAGAUCAUAUCGCGCAUCUACAGCAUCUUCCUCCGCGAGAUACUCGGCUACCGAAAUGUGAAACUGGUCGACCUCUACGAGCGGACGCACGAAAUCGAAAGGGAGCGAUUGUUUGUCACACUGGAAAAUCUUGUGUCCAGAGAUGGCACCAGCUGGCCAGAGCCUACAAUUGACCUGGAGGUGUGGAUGCUAUCGGACUACCAUAUCAUUCCGCCCGAAAUCGAGGAGGCGGGAGCAAUCACCCAGCCGGGUCGGUUCGGUUUGUUCAUCCCAAAGGCGUUGAUCCGCAAGGAGGAUGUCUUCCCCAAGCUGUACCCCUACACGAUGUUCCAGGAGGAUCUGAAUGACCGCAGUUACUACGAGUUGAUAAAGAAGUUCGAGGUGGUGGACGAGGUGCUGAGUGUGCUGAAGGGUUGGACGGAGAAACGAUGCGAUCCGGAUUGCAACGAGCACGGGAUGUACGUCCCGAAGCAGUGCGAAGACGGCAGGAAAUGUGCCCUGGUCCUGGCGCCACACUACGAGGACACUAAAUUCAUCGUAAAGCACAUCGACGAGCUGAAAUUUCAGCUGAAAGUUAUAUGGCUCGGUGAUAAAAUCAAACUCGGCAUCCGGCAUCUGAUGGACUUGUACAAACCCGACCGAAAGGGGUCGAAGAAAUUUUUGGUGCUGCAUUGGACGCCGUCGGAAGUAAUUGAUAGCAAGACGAUGGAAUACGUCGCUGUGACCAUGCCGAAGUGUGAGGAUAUCAUCGUUAGUAACAACACGGGCUGUAAAUACGAAAUGACACCACUGCUCAAGUUUUACGCCCACGAGUUUGAAAGCUCUCAGCACGCGCUCCAAUCAUUGUUGCGUGUUUACUUCGACAAGACGGAUAUACAAGCGCUAAUUGACCUAUACGAGACGCACGAGACUCAGAUAUUGGGGGCACUGGACGAAACGAAUCUUGACUACGAGGAACAUGCCGUCUCGAAACACUACAAUCAGAUCGCUUGCGAGUGGUUAAAAGCGAACGAAUUGACGUGGCGCGAGUGGAAACCGAAGGGCGAAGAGAAGGAGGACAUCUACAUCGGAGGAAUUUUCCCCCUUUCCGGUCUGGGAAAACCGUACUUGGGAAUCAUGCCUGCGGCCGUGAUGGCCCAGCAAGCAAUCAAUCUUAAUGAAACCAUUUUGCCAAAUCAUCGACUAAUCAUACUGAAGAGCGAUGGCCAAUGUCGGGCCGACACCGUGAUGAAAACCUUCAUCAAUUACUACAUCCGGCAGGAGCGAAUGAUUGGUGUCCUGGGACCGGCCUGCAGCGAUACCGUGGAGCCAAUUGCUGGUGUCUCCAAACAUUUCCGAAUGGCGGUUAUCUCAUAUUCCGCCGAAGGUGCAUUCCUCUCGGACCGCGAGACCUAUCCCUACUUUUUUCGCACCAUUGGCGAGAAUCGGCAGUACGGACAUGUUUACGCGCGACUGUUGAAUCAGUUCAACUGGAACCGCGUGGCGGCCUUGACAGAAGACGGUCAGAAGUCCACUGAAUAUAUUUCGCAUAUGGAAUCACUGCUCAAGGAGAAUCACAUCGAGCUGAUAUCGAACAAGAAAUUUCCCCGUGACCGCAGUGAGACAGAAAUGAAUCAGUAUCUGCUGGACUUGAAGGUGAAGAACGCGCGAAUCAUCAUUGCCGAUGUCGAUGACAAGGUAGCCCGAGUGAUAAUGUGUGAGGCCUACAAGCUGGAGAUGACAGCGGAAAACGGCUACGUGUGGUUCCUACCCGUUUGGCUAUCGAACCUGUGGAAUGUCAGCCAGGACAGACCGGCGCGUUCGCCCCCAUCCCACUGCAGCGCCCAGGAAAUGCUGAAAGCCAUCAACGGUCACUUCUCGCUCUCGUUCGCACCGUUCGCGGCCAAUGACAGCCUGCUGGACACCACCUCGGCGGGCACCUCGGUCGGCAGCUGGAAGGCACAGUACCACGAGUUGCUACAGAGCAAAGAUUUGCUACCGUCGGAUUACGCCGGUUACGCGUACGAUGCGGUGUGGGUUUACGGGCUAGCGCUGGACAAGCUGAUCAAGGAGGACCCCUCGUACUUGAGUGAUUUGCACUCACCGAAGACCACCCGGCGGUUGAUGGAGGUUAUAAGGGAAACCGAUUUUCAGGGUGUCUCCGGGAGGAUUCGCUUCGGGGAGGAGGGUUCUAGGUACACCAUUAUAAACGUAUUGCAGUGGAUUAAUGGGACCCCGAACAUUGUGGGACAAUUUACGCCGAACAUAUCGGAGAGUGGUUAUCAGCUGAUCGGAGGGUCACUGGCUCUGAACCAGCAGGCGAUCGUAUGGAUGACGAAAGAUGGCCGAGUGCCGGAUGACGGGGCACUGAAUUGCAACCUAGGUGCGUUGGCCAGAUUCUUCGGGACGGAUUGUGAUGGGGCGGUUUUAAUAUUCACCGGUUUUAUGUGUGUAAUUGUAAUUGGGAUAAUUUCGCUUGCAUCGUUUUGUUUCUUCCAAGUUCGUUACAACCGGAAGAUGAAACAUUCGGCCAAAUAUCUGCAGAAGUUUGGCAUCGAUUUGCUUUCCCCGUCAUCGAUUCCGGUGAAUACACUGGAUAAAUGGGAGAUUCCAAAGGAUCGUGUUGUGAUUAACCGCAGGUUGGGUGAAGGAGCAUUCGGAACUGUUUACGGUGGUGAAGCGCAAAUCGACGAGGAUGGUUGGACUGCUGUGGCCGUUAAAACAUUGAAGAUUGGUUCAACGACUGAAGAUAAGGUGGAUUUCUUGUCAGAGGCAGAGGCUAUGAAACGAUUCGAUCAUAAUAACAUUGUGAAACUGUUGGGAGUGUGUCUGCAGACAGAACCUGUUUACACAAUUAUGGAAUUCAUGCUGUACGGAGAUCUUAAAACGUUCCUUCUGGCUCGACGACAUUUGGUGAACAGUAGCAAGCAUUCGGAAGAGUCGGAUAUAUCUCCCAAACGAUUGACAAUGAUGGCUCUGGAUAUUUCCCGAGCUCUAUCCUAUUUGGCGGAGCAAAAAUACGUCCACAGGGAUAUUGCAUGCCGGAACUGUAUGGUCAACGCUCAGCGAGUGGUCAAGCUGGGAGACUUCGGUAUGGCACGGCCAACGUUCGAAAACGAUUACUACAGAUUCAACCGCAAAGGAAUGCUUCCCGUGCGCUGGAUGUCACCGGAGUCGCUGGUGCUGGGACUCUUCACGCCAGCAUCCGAUGUGUGGUCAUACGGGGUGCUGUUGUACGAGAUCAUAACCUUUGGCUCGUUCCCGUUCCAAGGGAUGACCAACAAUCAAGUACUCGAGCAUUUGAAAAACGGACACUGCCUAUCAAUUCCAACCGGGGUCAAACCCCAGCUGGAGGGACUCAUGAAGGCCUGCUGGAAUCAGGACUACAAGAAGCGUCCGAAUGCAUCCGAGGUUUCCGAAUUCAUCUCCAACUACCCGAGACUGCUCAGUCCCUGCUUGGAUGUCCCGCUAGCUUCAGUUCAAAUGGCCGAAACCGAUAGUGACCAAUUUGAGCUGCUACCAGGGAUGCGCAAAAGGAAAGACGAACCAACCGCCGACCUGCUGGUAGGCACUUCCCAGAUAAACGACCUCAACCGAACUCCGAAAGGGUACACCAAGAUGAACAUGCGGAAUGGUAUCAAUUUGAACGAUCUGAACGUGAACACAGAUUUCCGUGGCCAACCAAGCACCGUCCCCGCAGAUGAUAUUACCACGAACAAUAACAACACCAGCGUUGCACUGAACGUGUACAACCCAGUCGAACCUCUGUUGCAACGGGACUCGGAGAUAACGAAAAGUAACAGCAGUCUCAUGCGGUAUGUGCCGAUGUUUGGUUUUGGCAACCGAAGCAUCAGCACCAGCGUCUUAUAGCAUAGAGUGGAUGUAGUUGUCGAGCCGGACAACGUUUAUACCAAAGCUCAAGGUCCCGAAAAAAGUCGAAAAAGUUCGAAAACAUUUUUGUAAUUCGUUGAGCGAAUGUUAGUAGGUAUGUAAAUAAGUUUUUUUUUACCAACACCAACGUAAUAGUUUGGAGCAGCAGAGAUGAUGCUAGCUUUUUUCGAAGAGGCGUAAAUCGAACAAUAGUACAAAUGUUAUGCCGUCCAACAGAACCGGGGAACUCUGUCCGUGAGACACACACACACACAUACAUACAAAGAAUGGGAUGGGUCCUCCGAUAGAUCCGAAUGCCAAAAUAGCAAAUCCACAGUUUUCAGAGUACCGUUUGUAAAUGAAGCCAAAUAGAACAUGUAUUAUAUACUACCUAGUAAUUUACCAUUCGAACUAAAAGUUCUAUUCGAAAAAAAAAGACAUUUCUUCAAGCACUUCUUUUGGUUGUUAGUUUUUAAGCACAAUGAUCUGAUGAUAGUUACCCAUAUGAGAAAAAAUAUAUAGGGAAAGCGAGAUUCAAAUGUAAACAAAUAUUUAAGUUGAAUUGUUGAAUCGCAUGUAAGUUCGUAUUUUUUUCCGCAAGCUAGUCGGCUACCGUAGUGUAGCGCAAUCAACAUAGCUCUCAACUAUUUGUUUUAGUUAAAUGUGUACUGUCGAAAAGUACGAAUGAAGAUAGGAAGACGGAGGAGGGGGAAGACCACGUAGAACUAGAGCAACGGAAUACACCGAUUAGGAGAGAGAGAUGAAUGUGUGGAAUAAUGAAGUGCAUACAAAGAUAACAAAUCCUGAAAUACCUCAUCAUAACACAAAUGCAUUGAUCUGCAUUUUUUUUUUGAUUAUCGACCAUAUAUAGAAAUGAGAAAUCAAGUGGAAUAAAUCAAUCCAAGACUGAUUAGCGUAAGGACAGGUAUUCAAAGAUAUUCUCUAGAGGAGUUAUUAUUUUUCUCUCGUCUUUUUCAACUAUUAUGACAAUUGAAUUGUAGAUGAAACACAAUAUGAUAGCUUAUUAACACUAAAGAUCGCAUAUGGAUUAUGCGUCAAAACUAUUCAUAUUUUCUACUGAAUUUCUAGAAGUUUAUAUCAAUAUCAACACUUAUUGCAGUUAAUCAUGUUCACAGUAAUAAUAAUUAGAUAAAAUUGAAA